AUGGCUUUAUUUGGACAAGAUAAUAAAGAAGAGGACAACAAAGUUCAAGUUGGAAUUGAAGAAGAAUUAAAAGAAAAGAAUAUCGAUCCUGAUUUAACAGCAAAAGAAUUAGAAGUGAAACAAUUAGAAAAUGUUUUACAAAUAAAAAAGAAGAAAAAGGGUAUAAAUUUUAAAAAAGUUCUUAUAGCUAGUUUAAUAGCAGCUAUUCUUAUUGUAGGACUUUCUUUAUUUUGGAUUAAAUACAAAAAAGAUUUAAAAGAUGAUGAUCCUAAUGUUAAAGCAUGGGCAGAAAAAUUUGAAAACUUUUUAAAAAAGUUUACGAAAAUUUUAAUAGGUGUCUUCUUUACGAUUGGUGUUAUGGCAGUAAUUGGUGCGCUUUUAUAUUACUUUUUAAAGAAAGAUUUAUCAAAGCAAGAAGAAGACAGUAAUAAGAUUAAUGAAGACGAGGUUAAUAUGAUAACAAAUGAUAACGUUUAA